UAACAAGGUGCAAGAGCUUAUGCCCAAAUCUAGAGAGACAAGUCUGAAGACUCUGAACAACUAUCACUUUGAUCAUCAAAAUUUCAACCUCUCUUUCGCUCUCUCUGUGUACGAUGGAUGAACAUCAAAAAGGAAUGCUGUUAGAAUGUGCAUCAAAAUAUCCAGUUCCAAAGGGUGUGAAGAUAUCAUAUGGAACUGCUGGAUUUAGAGCAGAUGCAUCAAUUUUAUCAUCAACUGUAUUUAGAGUUGGGAUAUUAGCAGCUCUGAGAUCAUUGAAAACUAAAUCUGUAAUUGGAUUGAUGAUUACUGCUUCACAUAAUCAGAUUUCAGAUAAUGGUGUUAAAAUUGCUGAUCCAAGUGGUGGUAUGUUGACACAAGAUUGGGAACCUUUUGCUGAUUUACUUGCUAAUGCUCCUGAUCCACAAAAUCUUGUUAAGUUGAUCUCAGAGUUCGCAAAGAAAGAGAACAUUUCCUUUGGAGGAGUUUAUUCUGCAGAGGUUCUCUUGGGAAGAGACACAAGACCAAGUGGUGAAUCUCUUCUUGAAGCUGCAAGACAUGGAAUUAAUUCUGUAGUUGGCGCAGUAGCAACUGAUAUGGGAAUUCUUACUACACCACAACUCCAUUGGAUGGUUCGCUAUAGAAAUAAGGGCAAAAGUUCGUUAGAAUCUGAUUAUUUCACACAACUCUCCAACGCUUUUAGGUGCCUAAUGAAUUAUAUACCCAGGGAAAUGACCACAUCUGAAAUGGAUGAAUUGAUUGUAGACGGAGCUAAUGGAGUAGGUGGAGAAAAACUCGAAGUGGUCAAAAAAACUUUGAGCAGUUUGGUGAUUCAGAUCCGUAAUUCGGGUAGGGAAGGAGAAGGUGUUCUAAACCAAGGAGUUGGUGCUGAUUUCGUGCAGAAGGAGAAGAUUGUACCAUCUGGAUUUGGUCAGAUUGAUGUGGGAAAGAGGUGUGCCAGUUUAGAUGGAGAUGCUGAUCGGUUUGUUUAUUUCCACGUGCUACCUGGGAGUAACAACAAGAUUGAACUUGUUGAUGGAGAUAAGAUACUAUCACUUUUUGCUUUAUUCAUCAAGCAGCAAUUGGCUAUUUUAAACAAGGAAGAUGGUCAUCAGGUACACCUUGGCAUUGUUCAGACAGCCUAUGCAAAUGGGGCAUCCACAGAUUACCUUAAGAAGUUGGGUCUAGAAGUUGCACUUACCCCAACAGGUGUGAAAUAUUUGCAUGAGAAGGCUUGCGAGUAUGAUAUCGGAAUAUAUUUUGAAGCAAAUGGACAUGGAACAAUCUUGUUCUCUGCAAGUUUCUUAUCUUGGUUGGAAAAUAGAAAUAAAGAGAUUGCUUCUUCAUCUGAUGGUUUAGAACAGCAACUUUCUGUUAAGAGGCUAUUGGCAGUUAGUGAAUUGAUCAAUCAGGCAGUUGGGGAUGCUUUGAGUGGGGUGCUUCUGGUGGAGGUCAUCUUACGGCAUAUGGGAUGGUCCAUCCAGAGGUGGAAUGAGCUUUAUCAGGACCUACCCAGUAGGCAACUUAAGGUUAAAGUCAUGGACAGAACUGCGGUUGUUACAGCAAAUGCAGAAACUGGGGUAGUGAAACCUACAGGUCUUCAAGAAGCAAUAAACUGUGAAGUUGCUAAGUACACUAUGAGAAGAUCAUUUGUACGGCCAUCAGGUACUGAGGACGUCAUACGUGUAUAUGCAGAGGCAUCAACACAAGAAGAAGCUGAUAACUUGGCUAAAUCUGUUGCCCAGCAUGUGGAUCAUUUUCUUGGAUUUGGCAGCAGCUAAUUUUUGUCAGUUCAAACUCAUUUGUUUUACGAAAGUAUUGUUUCUUGAUAUCUAGUAUGUAGGUGUACGAGGUAUGUUGUACUAAAAGUUAAACCAUGCCAACUUUGGGACUCUAUCUUGAUUCUAGUGAUUUGCAAUAUAAUUGGUUUUUGUAUCUUAAGGGAACUUAAAAUGCAGCUUUUGCCUGGGUA